GGGACGACGGAGAAAGAGACAGGAAGAGAGAGAGAGAGAAAGCGCGCGCGCAUGGGAGAGGAGACAUACUGGUUAAAGGCUACGACAAAAAAAAAACCCAUGAUGAUAAUGGAGUCAAGGCGGUGGAGGAUGUCGGAUUUACGGGAAAGGACUGUUGAAAUUUGACAGAGGGCUCGCGUCAAAGAGAGCGUUUCAUUUUUGAUUUUUCGUAUUCUUGGUCUUCUUCAUUUGAUUUCCACACGCUUGCGUGGACGCUAGAGAAGCGAACGGCAGAGGAACAGCAGCACCCCCACGAAUGCCUCGGAAGGUAAAAACGGGCUCUACCGCUGGCGCCACAGGCACCAUCUCAUCCCCCCCCGGAUGGUGAUAAAGGACAUCCCGAAGAAAAGCUCCGGACUGAUGGAUGAGGAGGAACAUCAGCUUUAGCCCCCCCACACCCUCACCCCCACCAUCCACCUGACGAUUGGGAAAGGAAAUAAAUCCUAUUCUGAUGGAUUUUCUUUAGAUUUUUUUCCUUUUUUUUUUCUUUUUUCUUUUUUUUGUUAAUCAUUUAUGGUGUAGCCCCAAGGAAAAACCAGCAAUGUUGAAUCACUGGUGUUGGUAAAUUAUUCAUCAGAGGUAGAAGUAGGCUAUGAUUUUCUAUUGCUUUAAUGUAGCAUUCCUUACAUUUCAUUUUUUUAUUUUUGUAACGUAUUGUCUUCUGGGGGUCGUAUACAUAUUUUCAGGUCCCAUGAUUUUUUAGGCCCAUUCCAGAGAGAGAGAGAGAAAGAGAGGGAGUGAGAGAGAAAACCAAAGCGGGGGAAAAUCUUAGCGCAAAGAGAGCUUUGGGAUAUUUAUGUGUCAAAUCUGUGUGGUGGGGUUUCUACAUAUUCAUAUAAUUUUUUCUUGUAAGAGUAAAGAAAGACAGAUUAAAGGUGUAAAAGACGGGGAAAAACAGCAAACAUGUUGCCUUCCCAAGAAGCCUCCAAGAUCUACCAUGACAACUACAUGCGCAACUCCCGGGCCAUCGGGGUUCUGUGGGCCAUCUUCACCAUCUGCUUCGCCAUCGUUAACGUGGUGGUGUUCAUCCAGCCCUACUGGAUUGGCGACAGCGUCAAGACGCCGCACAUCGGCCACUUCGGCCUUUUUCACUACUGCGUGGGCAGCGUGCAGGCGUCCAGCCGGGACCUCACCUGCGUGGGCAGCUUCUCCGACUUCGGCUCCAUCCCGUCGGGAGCCUUCAAGGCCGCCUCGGUAUUCGUGCUCCUGUCCAUGGUGCUGACCCUCAGCUGCAUCGCCUGCAUGGCGCUCUUCUUCUUCUGCAACACCUCCACCGUUUACAAGACCUGUGCCUGGAUGCAGCUGCUGUGCGGAGUGUGCCUGGUGCUGGGUUGCAUGAUCUUCCCCGACGGCUGGGAUGCGGAAGUGAUCCGGGAUAUGUGUGGGGAGCAUUCAGGGAAAUACUCUCUGGGUGACUGCUCAGUACGCUGGGCCUACAUGCUGGCCAUCAUGGGCAUCCUGGACGCCCUCAUCCUCUCCUUCCUGGCCUUCGUCCUGGGAAACCGGCAGACAGACUUCUAUCUGGAUGAUCUGCAGACAGACAACAAAGAUUUUGCUGUUUCGAGGAUUGAGGUACGAGACAGAAGAGAGCCGCGAUACGGAGUGCAACGUCUUCACUGAGGGCAACAAUGGCACUGAACAACUUCUCUCUUUCUCUUCUCUAUCUCUCCGCCCUCUAUUCUUCUUUCCUAUCCAAUGAUCAGGAUAUCACCCAAUUUCAAUGCAGACGCCCCGUGUAUAGGAUUGUGUAAGUUAUAAAAAAAAAAAACUACAACAAACACGAGGAUAAACUAUAUUUUGAAAAAAAAAAUAUAAGGUUGUACAGUGCAUUUAACGCUCAACUUUCUCAACAAAUACCUUUAUGAUGAAAAAUAUUUACUGUAUUUAAAGUCUUGAGUUUUUUUUGUGUGAGAACUCCGAUCCCUAAGAUGAAGAACCAUAAGGUCCGUUUUACAGUUGUUUAUUUAAAGUGUCGCUAUUUACUGACUUUGAGUUUGUGUGGUGUGUACAUUCAAAGCAUCAAACAACAGAUAAGUGGUACUCCUCGCACAGUUACAGUCAUGACUCGCAAUAUACCAGAACGUUCCUUUACUACACAUGUAAAAAAAAAUAAAAAAUAAAAAUAAAGGGACUCAUAUGGCUCUUCAUCUAAGGAUUUUUAAAUGUGAAGAAUUUAAAGGAGUACCCCAUUGCAGCUUUACAGAAUUUAACAUCUCUGGGAGAUUCUCUACUGUACAUACUAAACAAUGUAAAUAACAUAACUGCUGACGUGAACAGCCGACGACAAAACCUCAUCUGACUCCGAUGCAUUCGAGUAUAGUAUUUCUACCCUCCGUUUCAGUGUUCCUCGUGCUGGAAGGGCAUCUGAGUAUACGUUCGGAUUUGCUGUGUUCCCACGAUUCCCCACUACUGAUUUAGUGGGAUCACACAGAUGGGAAUAACACAGACCUCAUAGCUGGAAGAUCCACAGAGAAGCAGAGCACCGUGACUCGGAAUAAAUGUGUUUGAUCACCUUUUUUUUCUCUUUUUUUUUGAGGGGGGAAAAAAAGAGACACUACUCCUGCUUCAACAUGGCCUCAAAAGAAGCUGCUUAUUGUAGAUUUCCACCCUGUAGUAUGUUGUCAAUUUUACCGUUGACUUGAGCUGCAACUGUCAUGUCGAAAAAUCUUUUAUUUGUGUUUCACUUGUUUGUGUCAUCUCACAAUCCCCCUCUCUUCAGUGUGCAGUUUACUCCAGUUUAUGGUUCCAGCAUACAGUGAUCAGUUUACGCUACAGAUGUCUUAAGACUGUGUGAAUAUGACAGCUAGUGGUGGCCCCAAGUGCUGCAUUAAGGCCAUGUCACAUAUGCCUCUUUAAAACAGAAAAUCCCCAGUGGGACAACCAUCUGCUAUAAAAAAAAAGUUUAAAAUUUAAGUAAUAAUAAAACCAGCUAAUGCAGCAAAAAGACAAAGGUAGACACUUCCUGACUUAAAAGCAUUUCAACACUUCAGUGUACACAUAGUUCUUCAUGAAUAAGGAAAAAAGGUGAAUGAGUGAAUGUGCUAAACUUGAUUUUAAAUUUUUUAUGCAAUUACUAAAGCGAUGGCUUGGAUUUUAUUUUUAAAGUGAAGUGCUGUGAAGUUAUCAGUAAUGUACCUAAAGUAAGAAAAUUUGUGUUGAUUUGAAUAUUUCUUUAUCCUAGAAAUGCUUCUAAGCCAUAAAUUCCUUUAAGCUAAUUAAUUUUCCCCUUAAAUUGUACCAAAUUUGGAAAUAAAAGGCAUUUUGGGGUUGAGCAUCAGAGCUCUGUAUGUGGGUUAGGCCAUGAAUAGCUAGCCAAGUCCUUUAUGCUAAAGCUUAUUUUGCUACUGCCUGCAGUUCAGCUUCCAUUAAGGCAUUGAAAAAUUGAAGUCUGAACAAACAAGACAUACAGUGUAUUUGUAGCUUACCAAUUUAAAACAAGGACCUCAACAACAACAGACUUGUAAGUCCUUGUUAAGAUGGACGCCAGCUUGGUCAGACACUGCUGUGGGAUGGCAUCUGAUUCCUCAACUAGCCAUUGUCAUCAGUCAGCCAGUGUGGUUGUAUUGGCCACCCUGGCGUUAAUGGGACGCCCUGGCUGAUCCUACAGGUGCUUGCGUUGCAGGCAGACCAUUACAUCCUCUCCACUCCCAGAUUCUAGAGGUAUUUUCUGGUAAAUCUGCCUCUGGAGUAGCCUGGUAAAAAACCAGCCCUUUGAGAAACAAUUGUUUCCAGGAGGCUGUGGACUCUGUUGAAGUUUUACAUUUUAACCAACUGCCAAUGUGACAUGUGUAAUCUGCCAAACUAUGAAGAUUACUGGAAAUUACCUGCUCUGUAACCAACCAUUCUCCACUGUGGAGAGAGAAAUGCUGUACUGUUAAUGCUAAUUCAAUAUUUGGGUUGGGGUUAGCUAGUUGCUAAAGCUACAGCCAGACUACAACUCUAAAACGGCACAGAAAAUCAAGGUUAUCAUCCACAACUUCUUCGGUUCGCUGUCUGGCCCGGCAGAAACUCUACCGGAGCUGUUAGCAAGAUCUGAACUUAGCAGAAUAGUGCAAGAAAGCAAUGGCUGGGCUAAUUCUGGAGGUAAGCAUUGACAUUUUGGAGGACAGAAUUUGAUCCUUAAGAGGGGAGAUGUGGAGAUUUUCACUGAUUUUUAAAUAGCAUUUUGAUAUUUCUCUUCACUGAGAUUGCCUUUAACGAUGACAAGCCUUGGUUUUCCAGUGAGGGUCAUGCUGCCCUACACCAUACACACUGCCUCCAUCAGAAACAGACUGGCCUUGGCUGAGUAGGACAGAAAACAUUAUCAUGAGUGUGACGCAGGUCCUCAACUCUACAACAGUUUAGGGGGAAAAAAUGCCAAGAAGCAUUAUUUUUUAAAAAACAAUGACCAAACAUAAAUCUUCUUACUAACUAACCUGUUUAGUUCAUUACCUAUUGUAGACAUUAAAUUCUAUGUCAAUUAGUUCUUAGAAAAAUAAAGAACUUCUCUGACCCACUCAAGGCUUGCAGCUAGCCUGGCGGAUUAGCCUUAGAUAACUGUAACCAUUUAAAACAACAAAACAAACUAGUUUAAUCUGUGGGAUGCAAAGCUGCUAUAGAGGACAUUAAAUGUUACAGUUUCACAAGUUACCAUUCUCUUUUUUUCACCUAAACAAUGUGUUUCUGCGCUAAAGUUACAUUGGUUGAGGUUGUUGGAUGAGACAAUGGGACUCGUCAACUUUUUUAAGAGGGAAGUAAACCAUUACAUUUUGCAACCUGUCAUUUCAGCAACUUUAUCAAAAGAUGUGGUUCUUGCAGGUCUUACAGGUCUCAAAGUGGUUUGGGAAUGAUCCCAUUUGGAUUGAUACUUUGCCAAAGUAACUUUAGCAACUUUAGUUUGGCUACAAAAAAAAGAAAUAAACAUUACUGACUUCUGAAUAUGUACCAGUUAAUAUCUACUAAUGUAGCACUGCAUCACAUGGUAUUAAGAUUUUCAGUUUGAGGUUUUUUUUUAUUUAUUUUAUUUCUAAAAUUAGCUAAAGUGGGUGAAGAUCUUUCUUAAUAGCUACUAGCUAACUGCUGUUAAAGGACAUCUAUACCACAAAGGCAACAAACUGAUAACUUACAGAUCCAAGCUAUUGCUUUAUGGGGAAAAAACACAUUUUAACACAACAUUGAGGCAAACGCUGAUAAAUUAGCUCAUUUUAAACAUUUUGCAUCAAGUCCUGUUUUUCUCCCAUCAUUUUUAUUUAGGAGCAUUAGUGAAACACAAGAUGGUAUUAACAAAGUAAAAUAAACUCCCUCAUUUUUAAACUUUUUACUUAAUGAUUGUUUUUCGACACUCCCAUUUUUCCAAGUUAUUUAGAUUCAGAAAACCUGCUAGAAAUGACUUAUUUUAUUUUAAUCAGGGCAUGUGUUUGUGAGAACAACACAUUAAAUGCUAUACUAUACUUUCAUUAAUAAACAUGUUACCCAAAAAGCAGUGUGAACUUCAAACUGUGGAGGCUAUGAUGCUAGAACCGAGCUGAAGAGGCAAAUCCAAAUGAACUGUUUUACUUAGCUAAAAGAGUGUUAGCUACUCACAUGACGCUGGAAAUAUUCAAAAUGGUUUUGAACAAAAAUAUCAUGUUAGAGAGUCAAACCGGCGGCAGAUUUUAUGUAGUGGAUGGUUACGACAUUUCUACCUUAAGAGAAAUUUCCAGAUUUCUAUCUUUAGUUUUGCAUUUGGCUGUGAACUUAAAGCUUUUAAAAAAUCUUUGAUGUGAUCGUGUGCUUACCUUUCUGUUAGAGCCGGUAUGAGAUCCUCAUAGUGUUUGAACCUUGAGGAAAAUAAAAAUGUCAGGCAUUACACAAAAUUGAAAAAUAAAGUAGAUUUUAUUUAACGUAGAAACAAUUUA